AUGAGUACUGUUUUCAACGAUCAAAUUCCCACCAACCUACCAAUUCUUGAUUCGAAGAAUUAUGACAAGUGUUCCAAACAAACAAAAGUUUUGUAUGGGUAUCAAAAAGCUCUCGAUUUUGUCAACAAUGGAGUUACACCACUUGGGGUUGAAGCUACAACUGCACAUCAGGCUACAUUCAAGGAAGAGAAGAAGAAAGACUACAAGACACUCUUAUUGAUUCAUUCUUUUUUUGAUAGCGAUAACUUCGAAAAGGUCAGUGAUUGCGAGUUGACAAAGCAAGCUUGGGAGAUUUUGGAGAAAGCUUAUGUUGGGGCUGCUAAGGCUAAGGUGGUGAGGUCACAUACUCACAAAAGGCAGUUUGAGCUAACGCACAUGGAAGAGAAGGAAACGAUCAACAAUUAUGUGACGCGUAUUACGCAUUUGGUGAAUCAAAUAAAGGCGUUCUUUAACGUUAAGAUUCACAACAUUGUAGUGGCUAUCAAAGAAUCGAAGAAUCUUGCAAGUUUGAGCAAGGAUGAUAUUUUAAGUUCACUCGAGGCGCAUGAACAAAUAAUGGACGGGAGAGGAAACAAUAAGGCAAUGGUGGAAAUAUCUUUGCAAGCUCGUUUGAAUGAGAAGAGAAAUUUCUCAAAUGAAUGUGGUGCAAAACAGAGGGAUUCCCAAGGGGACAAAGUUAAGGUUGCUAAGAAAGAGGUUGAUGAUGAAGAUACGCUCUUAGUGAUGAUUACUGAGGAGUUUCAUGGAAGUACAGAGGUGCUGAACAGCAGCUGCAGCAGUUCGAAAAACGAGGAAGAAUCGCACUCGGAACAAAACGUAAUGACCUCGGUGCGAGAUGGAGUUCAAGGAAGCGAUGAAUGGUACUUGGACUCCGGUUGUUCAACGCAUGUGAUGGGUAGAAAGGAUUUUUUUGUGCAAAUCAAUCAAGUCGCAAAAAGUAGAGUUAAAUUCGCGGAUGAUUCCACUCUUGCAGCUGAAAGUGUCGAUGUCUUGAUCGAGAAGAAGAAUGGUAGACAUUCUAUGAUCAAAGAUAUGUUGUAUACUCCGGCUAUUAAGUGUAACCUCUUAAGUAUUGGCCAAUUGCUUGACAAGGGUUACAAAAUACGCUUGGAAGACAAGAUUUUGCGCGUUGUGGAUGCUAGCGGAGUGUUGAUCCUUAAGGCUCCUAUGGCUUCCAAUAUGACAUUCAAAGUGGAGUUAAAAGUGUUGGAGCAUAGGUGCUUAGCUACAGCGGCAAGUCGAGAAGAGUUGAUUUACUUUCUGUGUUAUUUCCCAACAGUGGUAUCAGAGCUUCGGCUCGAUGAGAUAUCACAAUUCUUAGUAUUCUCUGUGGUUGCAGCAUUGUCUGAUCUUCCACAUAAGAAAAGAAUUGUGAUAUUGUGA